AUGGAGGUUUACAUCGAAGACAUCUUGUUCAAGUCCCUAGAGGCUGAGGACCACAUAUCUCACCUGCAACCAGCCUUCUCCACUCUUCGGAAGUACAACAUAAAGCUCAACUCAGUUAAAUGCUCGUUCGGGGUCAGUUCUGGCAAGUUCCUCGGGUACAUUAUUCAUCUCCAGACUCUCCGACAAAUCUCAUGCCUUCUUUGGAACCCUCAAAACCCAAAGGACUUCCAGUGGAUGGAUGAGUGUGAAUCCGUUCCCCAUGAGCUAACGGCGUAUCUCACCACUCCUCCUCUCCUAUCCAAGCCACUGCUCGGCAAGGUCAUGCUGCUAUAUCUAGCAGUCUCGGAGCACGCUGUAAGCGCCGUCCUAAUACGCGAGGAGGGAAGCAAGCAAAUACCAAUCUACUACGUCCUGGCAGAUUUUGUGGCCCAAUUCUCCUCGACCUUGCUCCCAACUCUGGGACAAGAAGUGCGCCUCCAAAGCGAAGCCAAGGAAGAGGGAGAAUGGGUCAUGCACGUUGAUGGAUCCAGCAACGUCAGAGGAGCCGGAGUUGGAAUAGUGCUUACCUCACCGACCGGGAACACGGCCUCAAGGGCCGUGAGAUGCAACUUCAAAGUAACCAACAACGAAAGCGAGUACGAGGCCCUAAUUGCAGGACUAACACUUGCCCAUCAAAUGGGGGAAGAAAACAUCCAGGUCUUCAGUGACUCCCAGCUAAUAAUCAACCAGGUGCAGAGUGAGUACCAAUCAAAGAACGACAGCAUGAUCCAGUAUCUGGCGGUCGCCCAGCAACUCAUCAAGAAAUUCAAGAGUUGCAAGCUCACUCAAAUCCCCAGGGAACAAAACUAG